AUGGCACGGCAUGGCGUUUUAUCUCUUUUUGGCCUUCUCGUGUUGGGCACAUUUGCUGGUUUGGGCUUCACCUUGCCUCGAUGGCAAGGAGCUCCGAGGAUACGGAUAUGCCGCCAGGCUGCUCAGAAGGACACCGACACAUUUGCGCCUCACAGCGCGGUGAUGUUUGCCUCAGGGGCCACUCUGGGUCCUGCCCUGGAUGGUGUUGCCCAUGGCAAUUUUGGAGUGCUCUCCUACCAUGUGCCACCACCGGUGCCGAUCAUGCUCGGAGCCUUCAAACUUUUCUCUACUGCAAUUUGGGUGCCACCCCUGUUCGGCUUUGCGGGCUUUUUAAUCGGCAGCCUCUACUGGUGGAUCGAUGACUUCUUGGAGAUUCCAGAGGCGAAGCGCUGCCCGUCUCUCCUCCAGACAUUUGCAGCUGUGACACUUUUUGCUGGAAACUAUGCGGCGAGUGGCUUCCUGUCUUCCAACCACCUGGGAGUAGGAAGAUCACAGCAAGAUCUGGUACCAAAGGACUGGCUGAACAAUGCACUACCAAAAUCUUGCUGGAGGGCUUUGCCAUCAACUGAGUGA